AACGUGGUCUUCAAAAGAAAGAAUUCAGAAGGUCUAUACAAUGGCCCCCUUGUUAGUAUUGAGAAUGAGCUCAAAUUUCAUCGUGAUUCUUUGGUUUAGUAUCAUUUACACAGAAAAUAAAAAGGGAAGAUAAUCAGUGGGGACUGGGCUUUUCUGUAGCAUGGGAGAGAAUUAGAGUUGGUUCAAAGGCAGGCUUUGGAAUAGAGAAAUCUGAUAUGCCCUGCUUGCUAUUUUUUAGGAUACUGAAAGCUCGUAUGACUAUGUCAGAGUUUCAAGCUGCUAGAAUUUGUUCUGCAGAUGUGUAGACAACCACAUUCAUAAGAUUUAUAGGUAAGCACUUUGAAUUUGUGAGGUGCUAAUAUCUGGGGCUGGGCUUACUCCUCUCUGCAUUUUUUUCCUCAUUAGACUUCUCUCUAAAACUGGGGAAGGGAUCUUCUAUGUGAAAAUAUAAUUUCUUCAAAGUAGAGAGGAGGGUCUUGAAAACCCUUCUUUAGAUGUUUUGAUAGCAAACAGUUCUGGCACAAAGCACCCCAAUGAUGGGAGAAAAACCGCCUCUCAUGCACUGUCAUCCUUCUUUGAUCUUUACCUCUUUUGCAGUGUAAUCUCCAAAUCAAUUCCCUGAAGGUUUUGUGCUUUUCUCCUCUAAUUGCCAUUAGAGAGGGCUGUGAAUCCUCCUACUUCCUCACUCUGCAUAGUUUCUAAUGUUCUCUUUGGCCAAAGUUAUUCAGUAAAAUUAAAGGGGAUAGGAGAAUCAAAGGCCAUGUGUUUUCAGAAUGAUGCUGUCAUUUUUGUGGGGUCCUUACCAUUUUGAAAUAGUUCAGGGCAGGGGGUUGGCAAUUUUGUGCAGUUUUUCAGCAUUUUCGUGGAGCAGAGAUCUCAUCACCUCAACAGAACCACUUAAGGGCAUUCGUUUAAAAGCUUAGAAAGGCUGGAGCCUUCCUCACUAAAGGCAGCAUCUUGCAACCUGAUGAAUACCACACUGCGUGAGGAAACCCAUGCUGCCCUUGCAGUCUCCCCCCUUCCUCUUUCCCCAUUUAUUAAACUCAUGGUAACUCACAAGAAGCAUUCAGUUUUAAUUUGUCUUGCUUGACUUCAUUACCUCCUACCAUAUGUAUGCAUGCUUAAUGAAAAUUGUCAGUGGGCUUCCAGCUCAGACUCAGCACAUGCUACCCAGAAGAUGGAUCAUGGUACAUGUAUUUAGUAUAUGCCAGGCACAGUUCUAAGUGCUUUGCCGAUAUUAGCUCAUUUAAUCCUCACGUAGGCAUGUGGGUUUAUUUUAAUCUCCAUUGUAUGGAUAAGGACUCCAAGACACAAAGAAAGUAGGUAAAUCUCCCAAGACUAGCUUCAAAAUUGGAAUUUGAACCAUGCAGCUUGAUUCCAGAAUUCAUGCUGUUAACUACUACAUCAACAUCAGACCAAAGUAAUAAUCUGAAAGAAAUGCUGAGCAUUUCUUCUUUGAAGUCUUUCACUCUCAUGUAAGAUUAAAUUACCAAAAAACAGAGGCAGUGGUUUUAUUCCUAGAGUCCCUUUUGAAAGAAAUAGGAGACAAGAGAAAGCUUGUCUUUACAGCCUAGUAGACUGGUUUCAAUCCAGACUCCAGUUAUACUAGUAUGUUAGACUUGUUACUAAUUUCUCUAGACGUCAUUUGCUUAAUCUGUGAGGUAAGGAUAUGACCAUAACACCUACUCCAUAAGGUUUCCAUGGACAUAAACCUAUGCAAUGCAUUGUGCUAGGCGAUACACGUGAGCCGUUAGUAUUUUAAUACUGCCUUCAAUCCUUUGUGGAAAUGGAAUAGUAACAGAAAAUGAGUCAGCUGUGUAUCAGAUCUAUUAAAGUGUUAUUGUUUGAUAGAAGAUGAUCAGAGACAUAAAUUUUAUUAUACAAGGUAGGUCAAUGAUCUGUCUUCCACAGGUGAACUAGUUUUCUGCAAUAUCUUUCUUAAAUUUGUGACACAAGACUAUUGUGAGUGAAAUGGUGUUGUAGCGCAGUGUGUCAGGUAUUGAUUUCAUGCUGGGGUGGGCCUGUGUUGUCCCAGUUCUGAAUUACAGCAGUGUAUCACAUCUGCUUGCAGCGCUCCCAGUUCAGCUUCCGACUGCGUAAUAGUCAUGGAGCUGGGAUUUACCAAUCUCUUCAAGUUAAUUAGAAAUGGAAAAUCAGCAUAGUCAUAGAGGAAAAAAUAAAUAAGAUGGCGAUGCUCCAAGGAUGUGGGGAUUCUCCCCGAUAGGAGUUGUCAGGUCAACUGCUCCUACUGAUGUCUGAUGCCUGGGGGGAAUGUGGGAGCCGAAGAGGGGUUGUAUCAGGAACUCCCUUCUCUUCUCACGCUCCCAACUUACCUUCUCUAUGUGAAAUUAUCCAGUUUCUACCUUCAAAUUGAAAAGCUGUCCUUUAUUCUCUCUCUCACCACAGGAGUCCUAAAGACUAUACAUUCCAACUCAGCAACUAUUUCAUAAAGCCUCCUUAGAAAAUGAUGGGGGUGGAAACUCCACUUAAGGAAACUCCCUUCUUUGUAGACAGCAUCCCAGGUGGCACUUUAUGGGUUAAACUUGUGUUGCAGAGAACAGGUAUCAAGUGGCUUUCCAGGACAUAACCCCCAUUUAAAAACUGCCAUCUCUAAAAGGUGAGCCAAAUACCCAUUAGUUUACCCUGCUUUCUAUGAAAGGAACAACUCAGUGUGUUUGAGUUUGCUUCUGUCUCAGUGUCUAUCAUCUAUACAAUGAAUUAUCAGGAUGAAGACUGUCAAUCACGGUUAAUAAAAACCUCAGAACACGGCAAAGAUCUCUUUUCCUAUAGAUGUAUUUGAUGAUAGCCCUCACUUUAUUAUGUCACAUAAAUCAAAAAGGAAGCAUUUAUCUCAUUAGGAGGCACCCCUUCUCUCCCUGUGUCCUCGCCCCUCCCCCCGUGCCAGUUCGCAGUCCCUCAAAGAUGCUUUGUGCAAGAAAGUGCAAGUUUCCCGUUCUGGCUUUAUUUUUGUUCCCUUUUGCUCCCCUCCUGACUCCCCCCCAAACCAGGCUAGCAAAGCAAUGGCCCCGGUUCCCCCCCAACGCCUGACCUGCGUUUACUGGGAGGAGAGCGGGAGAGGGAGCGCGCAUUCCGGAGCAGGCUGCUUUGACUCCGACCACAGGCUGUUUUGUGCAGGCUGUCCCUCUCCUUCAAAACCGUGCAUCCCCUCCCCGAAGCAGCAGGCAGUGUGCCUCCAUUCAGCCACAUUUGGUAUGCAUGAGCACGGCUGCAGAGAGAGGGGAGGUGGCUUUCUUAAGAAGGUUCAGGGGCUCAGGCAAGGCUACUUGACUAGUCUUCCAAGUUCCAGGAAGCCUCUGCCCUAAUGGAAUUUGCAGGUGUGGAGAUGACCAUGGGAUGCCAGAGCCGUGGGGGACCGUUUAUUUUCUAGGCAUUGCUCAGGUUUUCAGUUUCUUGUUUUCCUGGUGGAAUUUGGAAGGGGUCAUGAAUCAGGCUGAUGCUCCUCGACCCCUAAACUGGACCAUCCGGAAGCUGUGCCACGCAGCCUUUCUUCCAUCUGUCAGACUUCUGAAGGCUCAGAAAUCCUGGAUAGAAAGAGCAUUUUAUAAAAGAGAAUGUGUCCACAUCAUACCCAGCACCAAAGACCCCCAUAGGUGUUGCUGUGGGCGUCUGAUAGGCCAGCAUGUUGGCCUCACCCCCAGUAUCUCUGUGCUUCAGAACGAGAAAAAUGAAAGUCGCCUCUCCCGAAAUGACAUCCAGUCUGAAAAGUGGUCCAUCAGCAAACACACUCAACUCAGCCCUACCGAUGCUUUUGGGACCAUUGAGUUCCAAGGAGGCGGCCAUUCCAACAAAGCCAUGUAUGUGCGAGUAUCUUUUGAUACAAAACCUGAUCUCCUCUUACACCUGAUGACCAAGGAAUGGCAGUUGGAGCUUCCCAAGCUUCUCAUCUCUGUCCAUGGGGGCCUGCAGAACUUUGAACUCCAGCCAAAACUAAAGCAAGUCUUUGGGAAAGGGCUCAUAAAAGCAGCUAUGACAACUGGAGCGUGGAUAUUCACUGGAGGGGUUAACACAGGUGUUAUUCGUCAUGUUGGAGACGCCUUGAAGGAUCAUGCAUCUAAGUCUCGAGGAAAGAUAUGCACCAUAGGUAUUGCCCCCUGGGGAAUUGUGGAAAACCAGGAGGACCUCAUUGGAAGAGAUGUUGUCCGGCCAUAUCAGACCAUGUCCAACCCCAUGAGCAAGCUCACUGUUCUCAACAGCAUGCAUUCCCACUUCAUUCUGGCUGACAACGGGACCACUGGAAAAUAUGGAGCAGAGGUGAAACUUCGGAGACAACUGGAAAAGCAUAUUUCACUCCAGAAGAUAAACACAAGAUGCCUGCCGUUUUUCUCUCUUGACUCCCGCUUGUUUUAUUCAUUUUGGGGUAGUUGCCAAUUAGACUCAGUUGGAAUCGGUCAAGGUGUUCCCGUGGUGGCGCUCAUAGUGGAAGGGGGACCCAACGUGAUCUCGAUUGUGUUGGAGUACCUUCGAGACACUCCUCCUGUGCCGGUGGUUGUCUGUGAUGGAAGUGGACGGGCAUCGGACAUCCUGGCCUUUGGGCAUAAAUACUCAGAAGAAGGCGGACUGAUAAAUGAAUCUUUGAGGGACCAGCUGUUGGUGACUAUACAGAAGACUUUCACAUACACUCGAACCCAAGCUCAGCAUCUGUUCAUCAUCCUUAUGGAGUGCAUGAAGAAGAAGGAAUUGAUUACGGUAUUUCGGAUGGGAUCAGAAGGACACCAGGACAUUGAUUUAGCUAUCCUGACAGCUUUACUCAAAGGAGCCAAUGCCUCGGCCCCAGACCAACUGAGCUUAGCUUUAGCCUGGAACAGAGUUGACAUCGCUCGCAGCCAGAUCUUUAUUUACGGGCAACAGUGGCCGGUGGGAUCUCUGGAGCAAGCCAUGUUGGAUGCCUUAGUUCUGGACAGAGUGGAUUUUGUGAAAUUACUCAUAGAGAAUGGAGUAAGCAUGCACCGUUUUCUCACCAUCUCCAGACUAGAGGAAUUGUACAAUACGAGACAUGGGCCCUCAAAUACAUUGUACCACUUGGUCAGGGAUGUCAAAAAGCGAGAGUAUCCAGGUUUCGGUUGGAUCUAUUUUAAGGGGAAUCUGCCCCCAGACUACAGAAUCAGCCUGAUUGACAUCGGCCUGGUGAUCGAGUACCUGAUGGGCGGGGCUUAUCGCUGCAACUACACGCGCAAGCGCUUCCGGACUCUCUACCACAACCUCUUCGGCCCCAAGAGGCCCAAAGCCUUGAAACUGCUGGGAAUGGAGGAUGAUAUUCCCUUGAGGCGAGGAAGAAAGACAACCAAGAAACGGGAAGAAGAGGUAGACAUUGACUUGGAUGAUCCUGAGAUCAACCACUUCCCCUUCCCUUUCCACGAGCUCAUGGUGUGGGCUGUCCUCAUGAAGCGGCAGAAGAUGGCCCUGUUCUUCUGGCAGCACGGUGAGGAGGCCAUGGCCAAGGCCCUGGUGGCCUGUAAGCUCUGCAAAGCCAUGGCUCAUGAGGCCUCUGAGAACGACAUGGUUGAUGACAUUUCCCAGGAGCUGAAUCACAAUUCCAGAGACUUCGGCCAGCUGGCUGUGGAGCUCUUGGACCAGUCCUACAAGCAGGACGAACAGCUGGCCAUGAAACUGCUGACGUAUGAGCUGAAGAACUGGAGCAACGCCACGUGCCUGCAGCUUGCCGUGGCUGCCAAACACCGCGACUUCAUCGCGCACACGUGCAGCCAGAUGCUGCUCACCGACAUGUGGAUGGGCCGGCUCCGCAUGCGCAAGAACUCAGGCCUCAAGGUAAUUCUGGGAAUUCUACUUCCUCCUUCAAUUCUCAGCUUGGAGUUCAAGAACAAAGACGACAUGCCCUAUAUGUCUCAGGCCCAGGAAAUCCACCUCCAAGAGAAGGAGGCAGAAGAACCAGAGAAGCCCACGAAAGAAAAAGAUGAAGAGGACAUGGAGCUUACAGCAAUGUUGGGACGAAACAACGGGGAGUCCUCCAGGAAGAAGGAUGAAGAGGAAGUUCAGAGCAGGCACCGGUUAAUCCCCCUCGGCAGAAAAAUCUAUGAAUUCUACAAUGCACCCAUCGUGAAGUUCUGGUUCUACACACUGGCGUAUAUCGGAUACCUGAUGCUCUUCAACUAUAUCGUGUUAGUGAAGAUGGAACGCUGGCCGUCCACCCAGGAAUGGAUCGUCAUCUCCUAUAUUUUCACCCUGGGAAUAGAAAAGAUGAGAGAGAUUUUGAUGUCAGAGCCAGGGAAGUUGCUACAGAAAGUGAAGGUGUGGCUGCAGGAGUACUGGAAUGUCACGGACCUCAUUGCCAUCCUUCUGUUCUCUGUCGGAAUGAUCCUUCGUCUCCAAGACCAGCCCUUCAGGAGCGACGGGAGGGUCAUCUACUGCGUGAACAUCAUUUACUGGUACAUCCGUCUCCUAGACAUCUUCGGCGUGAACAAGUAUUUGGGCCCGUAUGUAAUGAUGAUUGGAAAAAUGAUGAUAGACAUGAUGUACUUUGUCAUCAUUAUGCUGGUGGUGCUGAUGAGCUUUGGAGUUGCCAGGCAAGCCAUCCUUUUUCCCAAUGAGGAGCCAUCAUGGAAACUGGCCAAGAACAUCUUCUACAUGCCCUAUUGGAUGAUUUAUGGGGAAGUGUUUGCGGACCAGAUAGACCCUCCCUGUGGACAGAAUGAGACCCGAGAGGAUGGUAAAAUAAUCCAGCUGCCUCCCUGCAAGACAGGAGCUUGGAUCGUGCCAGCCAUCAUGGCCUGCUACCUCUUAGUGGCAAACAUCUUGCUGGUCAACCUCCUCAUUGCUGUCUUUAACAACACAUUUUUUGAAGUAAAAUCGAUAUCCAACCAAGUGUGGAAGUUUCAGAGGUAUCAGCUCAUCAUGACUUUCCAUGAAAGACCAGUUCUGCCCCCACCCCUGAUCAUCUUCAGCCACAUGACCAUGAUAUUCCAGCACCUGUGCUGCCGAUGGAGGAAACACGAGAGCGACCCGGAUGAAAGGGACUACGGCCUGAAACUCUUCAUAACCGAUGAUGAGCUCAAGAAAGUACAUGACUUUGAAGAGCAGUGCAUAGAAGAAUACUUCAGAGAAAAGGACGAUCGGUUCAACUCGUCUAAUGAUGAGAGGAUACGGGUGACUUCAGAAAGGGUGGAGAACAUGUCCAUGCGGCUGGAGGAAGUCAACGAGAGAGAGCACUCCAUGAAGGCUUCGCUCCAGACUGUGGACAUCCGGCUGGCACAGCUGGAAGACCUCAUCGGGCGCAUGGCCACGGCCCUGGAGCGCCUGACAGGUCUGGAGAGGGCUGAGUCCAACAAAAUCCGCUCGAGGACCUCCUCAGACUGCACAGACGCAGCCUACAUUGUCCGCCAGAGCAGCUUCAACAGCCAGGAAGGGAACACCUUCAAGCUCCAAGAGAGUAUAGACCCUGCAGGUGAGGAGACCAUGUCCCCAACUUCUCCAACCUUAAUGCCCCGUAUGCGAAGCCAUUCUUUCUAUUCAGUCAAUAUGAAAGACAAAGGUGGUAUAGAAAAGUUGGAAAGUAUUUUUAAAGAAAGGUCCCUGAGCCUACACAGGGCUACUAGUUCCCACUCUGUAGCGAAAGAACCCAAAGCUCCUGCAGCCCCUGCCAACACCUUGGCCAUUGUUCCUGAUUCCAGAAGACCAUCAUCGUGUAUAGACAUCUAUGUCUCUGCUAUGGAUGAGCUCCACUGUGAUAUAGACCCUCUGGACAAUUCCAUGAACAUCCUUGGGCUGGGCGAGCCAAGCUUUUCAACUCCAGUACCUUCCACAGCCCCUUCAAGUAGUGCCUAUGCAACCCUUGCACCCACAGACAAACCUCCAAGCCGGAGCAUUGAUUUCGAGGACAUCACCUCCAUGGACACUAGAUCUUUUUCUUCAGACUAUACCCACCUUCCAGAAUGCCAAAACCCCUGGGACUCAGACCCUCCGAUGUACCACACCAUUGAGCGUUCCAAAAGCAGCCGCUACCUAGCCACCACACCCUUUCUUCUAGAAGAGGCUCCCAUCGUGAAAUCUCAUAGCUUUAUGUUUUCCCCCUCAAGGAGCUAUUAUGCCAACUUUGGGAUGCCUGUGAAAACAGCAGAAUACACAAGUAUUACAGACUGUAUUGACACAAGGUGUGUCAAUGCCCCUCAAGCAAUUGCGGACAGAGCUGUCUUCCCUGGAGGUCUUGGAGACAAAGUGGAGGAUUUAUCUUGCUGCCAUCCCGAGCGAGAAGCAGAACUGAGUCACCCCAGCUCUGACAGUGAGGAGAAUGAGGCCAAAGGCCGCAGAGCCACCAUUGCAAUAUCCUCCCAGGAGGGUGAUAACUCAGACAGAGCCCUGUCCAACAACAUCACUGUUCCCAAGAUAGAGCGCGCCAACAGCUACUCGGCAGAGGAGCCAAGCGCGCCAUAUGCACACACCAGGAAGAGCUUCUCCAUCAGUGACAAACUCGACAGGCAGCGGAACACAGCAAGCCUGCGAAAUCCCUUCCAGAGAAGCAAGUCCUCCAAGCCAGAGGGCCGAGGGGACAGCCUGUCCAUGAGGAGACUGUCCAGAACAUCGGCUUUCCAAAGCUUUGAAAGCAAGCACAACUAAACCUUCUUAAUAUCCAUUACAGGAGGCUCAAGAAUCCAGCCCUAACAUUCUCUCCAACUCCAGCUUUUCCCCCUUCCUUGAAUCAUACCUGCUUUAUUCUUAGCUGAGCAAAACAAGCAAUGCUUUGGGAGGUGUUAACUCAAAGGUGACUUCUGGGCCACAGAUCAAGAAAGCAUUUUAUCUGACCCAGUGCCAGACACAGGGGAUUUAAGGCAUGUUCACACUUGCUGGGCAGGGAGGGGGAAGAGAGGGAGAAGGAAGGGUUAGAGAUGAAUGUAUCCACAGUCACGGCAGAAAGCCAUGAGAGCAGGGGAAACAAGGGGAUUCGAGCACGCUCCAUGCCAGGAGGCAUCUGUUGAUUUCUGACCAUUAUCAAGAGUUGUAGGAUGCAGGGCUAAAUUGCGAAAUAAAAUAAAAUAGCCAGCGUACACAAUGAGAUAUUCUAAACUUCCAUUCUGUUUUCUUUUCACAUUGGCUCCAUCACUGGUGACUGAUGAAGAGCAUCCUCUUUAUUCAGUAUAAGCCGGCAGCAAGCAGUUCUACCUAACGUCCCACAUCCUUCUCAUGCCAACACUUCUGUAAUUGAUCAUUAUAAAGAAAAAACAAGGUAACAGUCAUAGUUCACCUGUCUCUUAUCUAUUCACUUCUGGUGCCACAACUGUUUAUCCUUUUUUGAAGAAAAUGAGGGAACAGAAAUGCCUUUUUGUAUUGCAGUCGAAAUGAAAGAAGAGUUGAUGUUUAAAAAAAAAACAAAAGUCAAGUGAUUUAUUAUAUACAGUGGGCGUUCAAGUCUAGUCAAGCAAGCUCAGGAUGAAUGUAAUUCAAUAAUUUUAUAUUUUUUAAUUUAUUUUGUAUCUCACCUGUCAUCAAUGAAUUCAUUCAAUGAAUAUGUAAUAUUGAACUUAAAAAAAAAAACAGUGGACAGAACUAGCCUGAAAUUGCCAUGUGGGAUGUUCUGUUCUCACCGUUCAUGUCGUGUGUUGUGCUGCUGUGUGACCGUCAUCAUUUGCAUGGCUCCACCACAUCCUCCUGAACACCUCCAAGACGUAACUGCCAAUUUUUCACACCACUCAUCACAUGACCAUUUUGUAUAUGAAUAUAUGGUUAUAUGUGGAUAUUUUCAUACCUAGAGUUUUGCCAUCUAAUCUGAGCUCAGCAUAAAUUUAAUUGGAGUUUUUCAAGGGCUGGUAUCUUUUCUAUGGAAAUGUUCCAAAGUACUUUUUAAGGGAGUUUCAAAACUAUAAAUAACCUUAGAUUUGACUGGGAGUUUGGUAUCAACCCAAAGCCAUCAGUUGCAAGCAUACCAUGAAUAUUUUUCUUAUAGACAGAGCUAUAAAAAAAGAUACA